GAGACACACGUCACACAGACGCACACAAACGCGUACACGCACUGUCACACACUAACACAAACGCAUCACCACACCGACACUGCCAUCAUCGUCCGGUGCUAGGCUAUCCAUUUCUCAUUUCUGUCCUAUUUUAUUUCAUUUCUCCUUUUUUCCCGACCGUCUUCUUUUCCGCACACUUUCCGCACCACCGGUCGACCACGCGUUUUCCGGCCACCGCCCCCGCCAAGUCGCGCGCACAUCAGUAAACAACGCACAAGCAACCGCCCUGAUUUCUUCAACAUGUCGUCUUGGCAAGAUUAUGUCGACAAACAUUUACUGGCGUCCAGGUGCGUCACCAAAGCCGCGAUCGCCGGCCACGAUGGCAACGUCUGGGCCAAGUCCGACGGGUUUGACGUGUCAAAAGAAGAAUUGAGCAAAAUAGCUCUAGGCUUUGAAAAUCAAGAUACAUUAACAUCUUCUGGAAUUACAUUGGCAAGUGUUCGCUAUAUUUAUUUAUCGGGUACUGACAAAGUUAUAAGAGCCAAACAAGGAAAAGUCGGGGCUCAUUGUGUGAAGACUCAACAAACUAUUGUUGUAUCAUUAUAUGAAGAUCCAGUUCAACCACAACAGGCUGCAUUGGUAGUUGAAAAACUUGGAGAUCAUUUAGUUGCCCAUGGUUAUUAAAAAAUUAAUUAUUUACAGUGCAACGAAAAUUAUAACACGGAGUUCGUCAAGAACAAGACUACAAUGCAAUGUUUAUUAAUUUUAUUAAUAUUAAAUUAUCAUAAAUGGAUUCUAUUAAAUAAUUUUAUUAUGAUUUAUACAAAUUUAUAAAAAUCAAUAGAUUUAAAUAAUUCACAAAUUGUACUGUACUGAAGCCAUGUUAAAAUUUUAAGUCUUGUUCUUGUAAGAAAAAGAAAACAAAUAUAUCCCCAGUAAUAAGCAUUUUUAAAAAUUGUAUUUAACUUAGUAAUUACUGUAUUUUUAACUAUCAUUUUAAAUAAUAAGUCAUGAAAUUAUUAUUCUAAAUAAACAAUAUUUUUUUUUUUAUUAUGUUUUUUAAAUUAGUAAGUACUAUAAAUAAAUAUACAUAUUAUAUUAUCAUUUUGAUUAAGGAGUAUUAAAUAUUUAUCAGUUAAUUUUUAAGAUCAAAAUUAUUUUACUCUAAAUUAUUAUGAUUAUUAAAAAAAAAAUCAAAUGAUAUUAAUAUGUAUAUAAACUAUAUUAAACUGUAAUGUUAAUCUUAAGCUUUGUAUGUUAAUAAUAAUAUUUCAUGUCAACAAGUUUUGAUUUUACAUCUUAAUUGUAUUUACACUAAAUAGAUAAAAUCAAUUAUUGGAACAUACUGUAUGUAAGAAUAAAAAGCAACAUUUUUUCUCAUUGGCUUUCCAUAUAUUAUAUAUACAUUUUUAUAUUUUUAAUAAAGAAAUUUAAUAUUAUUUACAUUUAUAAUAUACAUUUUCAAUCUGCUCAUUUAAGUAAUAUAACAUUUGUAAUUGUUAAAUUUUCUAGUCCUGGGGAUCGAUCUUAUUUUAACUAUUAGAGCUCUUAUUGUACAAAUAAAGUAAUAAAAUAACUUUUAAUUGUAAUUUUUAUAAAAAAAAAUGCUCGUUGCAUAAAAUAACAAUAAUAAUCUCAACAUUAAAUUUUUGUAUAAUUUAAAAUAUAUUAAUAUUAUACAUAUAAAUCAGUGCAUAAUAUACUACAUCUAAUUUAUUA